CUUCCCCGCCCCCCGCGCGCUCUCUGUCGCUCACAUUUCUGGCUCUAGGAAGAAGUGGAUUCUGAGGUAUUGGGUUGCAGUUUUCAGGAAGGUUUUGCUCAGACGGAGUCUGGUUUCGCCUGAAUCUUUCCGCGGGAGGGAGAGGCCCCUGUCCUGAUGCCUUUGCGAGCUUUGUGUUUAUUGCUUUGCUGCCGGAGAGGCUUCAGUUUGCUGGGCCGAGAUUAUGGAGAAGCUGAAAAAGCAGAAGAACUUCAGGAACUUCAGAAAGAACAAAUUAAAUCUGCAUCAUCAGAUCUGAGCCUAACUCAGUCGUUAGCCCCUGACACCUCAAACAGACCAAAAGAGAUUCCAGAGGAAAUGAAGAGCUUGAUUAAAGAAAAAAUCAAAAGUAAAGCAGCGACUGGUGUGGACAAGGGCAUCAUCAUGCAGGGUUGGCUGUUUAAAGAGGUGCAGCACAGUGUGAUGAUGCCUUGGCUGAGAGUUCGGAAACACUGGUUUGUGCUGACACAGAAUUCACUGGAUUAUUACACCAACAAUGAGCUGAAUGCAAAGCGUCUCGGCAUGUUAGUCCUGACCAGCCUGUGCUCUGUACUCUGGCCCGACAAGUGCACAUACAAGGGCACAGGCUAUUGGAACAUCACAGUGUUUGGACGAAAGCAUCGAUAUGAACUCUACACAAAACACCUGAACCAAUGUAUUCAGUGGGCUUGUGCGAUCCAGAAUGUCAUCAGUUGUAAAGCUCCUGUGGAGACACCAACACUGCUCCUGAUUCAGGACAUUGAGGAGAACUGCACCAAUUCUGAAGUCCUGGAGCACAUUUACAAAUGGAAUCCAAUUCUGCAGCACACUCAAAAACCACUUUACGCUCCUCUUCUCCCAUUCCGUUAUGGAUUAGUGAGCCACCACUUCAAGAAUACAAAAGGUUACACAACUGUCCAGGAUGAAGCUGUCAAAGUUUUCAAUUCACUGCAGCAACUAGAGACUGAACGAGAUCCUAUCCCACUCAUUCAGGGUGUCCUGCAAACCUGCCUGGACUUGGAGCCUCUCCGGGACGAGAUCUACUGUCAGCUGAUUAAGCAGACAAGCAAUCCCCCAUAUGUGGGAAAUGUCAGUGACCUGCGGAAUUGGCAGCUGCUCACGUGCAUGAGCGUCACCUUCCUCCCCAGUACCACUGUUCUCAAAUACCUCAGAUUCCACAUCAAAAGGUCACAAGAUCAGUUUCCAGAGACUGAGAUAGAUAAAUAUGCAGAAUUCAUCAAAAAUUCAUUGGAGAAAACCAAAUGCAGGGACUGUGUACCAUCGUGUGAAGAAAUUCUGGUCUUGAUCCAGCGAGAGGAGAUGAGCUGCACCAUUCACUAUGCUGGCUGCCAAUUCUGCAGGGUCACCAUCAAUUCUCAUACAACAGCUGGGGAGGUUGUGAACAGUCUGCUGGUGAAGCUUGGCUUAGAGCAAAGUCGCAAUCAAUUUGCUCUCUUUGAACAGAACAUGACUGAACAGCAACUCGUGACGAAUAACACAAUUGUAGCGGAUAUUAUAACCAGGUUUGAAAAUCUUGCUGCAAGCAUGGAUGAGCCAGAAAGCCAAUGGAAGCUUUGUUUCAAACUAUACUGUUUCCUGGAUUCAGACAAUGUUCCAAAGAACAACUUGGAAUUCACUCUCCUGUUCGAGCAGGUCCAUGAGAUGGUAACCAAAGGCUAUUUUCCUGCAUCAGAAGAAACCCUGCAGACCCUGGCUGCCCUGAGACUGCAGUUUACAAUCCGGGACUUUGCCACACAUGUGCCACUACCUAGAUUUCAGGAGUUGUUUCCUGUUCAUGUUCUCCGGGCUCGGGUCCAGCAGUCUGUAAAGGUAUUACUUUCCACAAAUAAGGGUCGGAAUCACUUCCUGCCAGAAGCGUUGACGAGCAGCCUCUGGGGUAGCACAAUCCAUAAACAGAAACUCGAGGAGGAACAGCUAUUAAAAGUACGGCUGAAAGAGGAGGCAGCAGCUUCAAUGGCCAUGAUCAUUGAACAGUGGAAACAACUUCAGGGAAUGACCCAACUGGAGGCUAUGGCAACAUAUUUCAGUAUAGUGAGGGAAUGGUCUGGAUUUGGAGCCACACUGUUCGAAGUAGGUGCUUUUAUGAAUUCGGCAGUGAACAUGACUCAGACACUGUGGUUGGCAGUAGGAGCAAAAGGUGUUGCUCUCUACAAACAAGGGGAUGCAGAGUCUGUGGAGAGUUUCGAUUACCAGCAGAUUUCAUCGUUUGAGGCAACAGACAGGAACACCUUCAAAAUUACUCUGAGUAAAAAGGACUUGCUGUUUGAGUCCUGCAAGGUUCAAGAGAUUGCUCAGCUAAUGAAAAUUUACAGCGCCAGUCAUGUCAGAACACGAGCCCGAGCUGGUGAUCAUCGAACUAGACCCAUCACAACAGGUAGCCUGGCCAACAGUCACCACCGUAUCCUGUACAGGGAUUCCAGCACAGAGGAAACUUUAACCUUGUGGAGCAUCUGACACAGCAGAGCACAGUAGGAGAGCUGCUGGUGAAACAUUCACUUUUCUUGUUACUACUGUAUCAUUAGACUUCAGCACACCAUACAUAAGUAGCGAGCCUCAUCCUGCAGCAGGGAGUUGGUCCCAUUUAGGCCUUUUACUAAACACUAAUUGCUGCAGCUUCACUUAAACAUUUAACAUACUAUAAAUCACGAGCAAAAGGCUUCUUCAAGUGAGGAAGUUGAUGAGGCAUCAGAAUCAAAAGUUCCUGCUGUAGUCUUGCCUUGUCAGACUGUCGUGAAGGUAGUAAGAGGAGUGAACAAAUCCAGUGCUCUUCUCGGGCAAAGGCCUGAAAGCCUGGGACUGGAAGAGAACAAAUGAAAGUUCAAUGCCAUUUUGUAUAAAGCAUUACAAAUGGGAAUGUAUUCCAGUGAAAUGGUCCCCUAGUACAUCAAUCCUUAGAUUAACAAACCACUUGGUAUCUCAACAGAAGCUGUAAAUGCUGCAAACCCUAGUCAGAUGAUUAAUGGGGAUUGCAACAACUUAAUUUCUUUGGCACUGAUUAUGAACAAGAUGAUGGAUAGCAAGAGGAAACCAAGAGGAGAUUAAAACACUUAAAAUUCAGAUAGUACUUCUGAUUCAUCACAGAUGCGAGAUUGAGGUGAAAACAUCAAUGUCUGAUGACAUUAGUGUCCAACCAGAAAUCAUAAAACAUUGAAAAUUAAUUGUCUUUUUUGCUUUUAAAAACACUACCCUUCCAAACUUCAGUUUCAUAACUCUGUGCAGUUACAGCUUUUCUUUCAAAAAUGUUGCAACCCUGUUGAACAUUAGGUAAAGGAUUCGAGGACUAUUGGCGACAGGACACAGGCUAACCAGUCUGGAACCAUUUGGCUACUGUGCAGCUUUAUUAUUCGAUAUAGGCAGAGUUUUAAAAAGUCUACAGGGAACAGCGUGUACCAAAUCCUCUGGAAUUAGGAGGUAAAUUAACUUCAAUACGCCUGAAGCUUCUCUGAAACAGCACCAUUUAUAAUUAUCAGAAACAUUAUUUAAAGCUGCUGGCAGCUUUGGUGUUACACAGGGACUACCCUUCCAUAUUGUCUUAAACUCACUAUGCAAUGGAAAAGCAUUUUUAUUUAACUGUAUACUGCAUGUUUCCUUUCUUCAUUGUACAUUUACUGCACUAUACUGUACAGAUGAAUUUGUGCAAUAUGUAAAAAUUUUAUCAGAAUUAAAACUUAGUUUAGUUAUUUA